AUGGUGACGAAGGACAAAGAGACAGAGGACCUCGUGGACGUGGACGUGCAACUCUGGCAAGAUAAGAAGAAAGUGGGCGAAGAAACCCCUCCUCUUUUCUGGGUGGAAAUCGCACGACAUAAGCUUUCCCGAUUCCGAGACAAGCCUGGGGCGGCAGCGGCGCUUUUCCGACCGCCCUGCGACGACUUGGUCGUCCCCAAUGUCUCUGACCGCCAACCACGAAAGCAAAUUGUUGAAACGAUUUUCCGAUCCAGAUGA